AUGUAUAAACAAGAUGGAAAGUGGUUUGAUGUCAGCUGUGAGAAUACAUAUACUUUUGUGUGUUCCAACGAAAAUAAACCAAACACUGAGAGAUACGUAUUCAUUAAUAAACAAAAGACCUGGCGUGAAGCUCAGAGAUACUGCAGAGAACAUCACACAGACCUGGCCAGUGUGAGGAACGAGACUGAGAGAUGGCAGGUCCAUGCAGCAGGAAGUGGUGAUCAUUUCUGGAUCGGUCUGUUUAAGGAAUCCUGGAAGUGGUCAGAUCAGAGUAACUCCUCAUUCCGUUACUGUGAGUCUAACCAGCAUGAUAAUAAUGAUAAGAAAAAAUGUGCUGCAGCUUCUGUGAAGGACCAGGGUCAGUGGCAUGAUGUAAAAUGUGAUGAACGGCACCCAUUCCUCUGCCAUGAGAAUAAGCUGAUCUUGAUCCAGCAGAAUCUGAGCUGGAAAGGAGCUCUGAGAUACUGCAGAGAGAAUCAUGUGGACCUGGUCUCAGUUCACUCUGAGGAGAUCCAGCUCUGGGUGAAGGAUGUGGCUCAGAAAGCCUCCACUGAUCAUGUGUGGCUGGGUCUGCGUCACACCUGUGCCCUCAGCCUCUGGUUCUGGAUGAGUGGAGACUUUAUCUGCUAUGAUAACUGGGCUCCGGGUGACGAGACAGAGGGAGAAGACUGCAAUAAUGCUCCAGAGGAAGAAGACUGCAGUCCUGUAGAGAGAACCGGAGCGGUGCAGGCUAGAGGAGAUCAGCAGUGGGUCAGCCUGCCUGAGAACCAGACUCUCAACUUCAUCUGCAUCAAAUAUGAAGGUUAG